AGAGACAAAAAAAAAAAAAAAAAAAAAAAAACACAUACUAGUUCUCGAAGGAGCCAGCUGAGCUUGAGAGUUACAGUGAGUGAUUGAUCGAGUUAGUGAUGACAACCCUAAGGAGUUCUUCUGCAAAACUCAUCGCGGACAAGUACAGAGACACAGGCUUUUUUGUUUCCCAGAAAGAGUUUCUUCUUACUAGACCCGAAAUUUGUUCCUUAAAGUCACAGAAAGCUGUUAAUUUUGGGUUCUUGAAGUUGAUAUCUUUGCAACACAAGGCUGUACACCCGGUUACUACUUUGUCAUCGAAAACCCAGGCAGACUUGGAUGCUGGUGACACUCAGAUUGAUGAAGAAUCAGACUUGGAAGCUUAUGAAUCGAAGAGUGUUCAAGUCAAAUUCCAGCUACAGAAAGAGUGCAUGUUCGGUGAGCAAUUUCUGAUAGUAGGGGAUGAUCCAAAGUUGGGCUUAUGGGACCCUUCAAGUGCGAUACCACUGGACUGGUCAGAAGGCCAUGUAUGGACUGCUGAGCUGGAUGUGCCUAUUGGAAAAUCAAUCCAGUUCAAGUUCAUACUAAAAGGAAAUGCUGGGAAAAUCUUGUGGCAACCUGGUCCUGAUCGAUUUUUUAAGACAUGGGAAACUAAGAAUACAAUCAUCGUUUGUGAAGAUUGGGAAAAUCCUGAAUUUCAGAAAGUAAUUGAGGGAGAACAACUAGCUAAUCAAAAUGAACAACCGACGGUUAACUCAGAUAUGUUGAUUGUUGCUGAGAAUUUGACUUUUCCAAAAGAUGAGAUGGUGUCUUAUGUAAACGAGGGAUCAGCCAAUGCAGAAAGCAAUACUUCUACAGCAGAAAAUUCAAUUGCAGAACCUCACAAGGCACAAAUUAUUGCCGAUAACAUUGCUCCUUCACAAGAGAAAACUAAAGCUAUUGUUGCAGACAAUAUAAGUUACCCAAAGGAGGACCCCAAAGUGAAUGCAAAGGACAUUCUUGAAAGUAAUGGCAGAGCUCCAACACUCAUUGAAGACAACCUUAAUAAUUAUGGAGGCCCUGUUUUGGUUCCUGGUUUAACUCCAUUGUCAAUAGAGCCAACUGAAGAAGCAAACCAAGAUGAAGGUGAGAAAAGAAUUGCAGUGGAUGUGUCUGUAGGAACCUCUGAAGCUAAGGAUCAUAGCGUGCAAGAAGCAAGCCAAGAUGAAACCAAGAAAAGAAAUGCAAUUGAUGCCUCCAUUGGAACCCCUGAAGCUAAGGAUCAUAGCCUGCAAGAAGCAAGCCAAGAUGAAACCAAGAAAAGAAAUGCAAUUGAUGCCUCCAUUGGAACCUCUGAAGCUAAGGAUCAUAGCAUGCAAGAAGCAAGCCAAGAUGAAACUGAGAAAAGCAAUGCAGUUGAUGCCUUAAUUGGAACCUAUGAAGCCCAGGGUCAUAAUGUGUCGGAGUUAGAUGAGAAGCAAGAACAGCAUGGUGACCCACCUCAACUAGCACCUACCAAGAUUUACAAUGGUGAGGAAGAACAGCUUGAUAGCAAUUUUAAACAAAAUCAUUAUCCAUCAAAAAUAGAAGGGCAGCACGACUCAAAGCCAAUCGACAAUGAUGUCUUGCAAAGUGACAUCCAGUGGGGUCGCAAAACGCUGCAGAAGCUACUAACUAAUUUAGGAUUGCUUUAGCAUCAACUUGUUUGAUCUUGGGAGAAAUUUUAUGAAAGCCACUCAAGCUUAUGACUCUGCUUCUUCACAGUGACCUGGCAUUCAGGAUGGUUGUGUGGAGCAUUGGUAGUGGUUGUUGUUGUUGUUGUAUGUGGAAAUGAAAUUUGUUACCUCAGCCUGAUAUUGUUGUAUGCUAUAUAGUAUGAGAGUGCUCAAGUUUUUUAUUUCUUCUACAGGUUUGAUGAUCUUUUCAAUGUGCCAAAUGGAUUUGACUACAAUUAUUUGUGGGAACCAAAAUUGAUUCUGGUUAUAGUUUAACCGUGAAGGUUCUGUAAAA